UGAGCAAAGAAGUGAUCAAGCCAAGUGCUGAAAGCUAUUUGAACAAAUUAUACGCAGAUUUAUUCCAUCUUGUGAACUCCGUGGAGAAAGGAAGCGGUUCUGAGCUUACUGUUCGUCUUCGAAACGUCGAGGCCGACAUCGCAAGCUUCAAAGACGCUCUGAAAUCGAUUCCCGACAUCGGCGUCGAAGAGUACAAGGAAAGACGGAAAAUCGCCGCGCUCUACAAGCAGAUUGAGAAGAAAGAUGAGCUCCUCGACGAACUCGCAGCCUUCAGCCUUGAUGCAGCCCUCAAAAAGCCCGACGGAGAGCAGAAGCAGCGUAGUGAAAGUGGAGACAAAUGAGAGCACAUACAUUUGUAAAAUCUGUCAAACUGUUGUUAUUCUGAAGAAUAUGACUACUGAAUAUCUCGACGAAGAACGUGAUCUUCCAUUGCCACGUCAAAAGAAAGGAAUCGAUCAUACUCAGACAGAGCCGAUCCGUGGAUUUUUCGGAGUCAAGGAUAUGUUCGCUUUUGAAAAUGUUGGAUUUACAAGAUCUUCUGAAGGCAAACGAUAUCUGGUGUGUGGUGAAUGUGAGCAAGGACCAGUCGGUUUCGUGGAUCCAGUCACUGAAAUGAACUAUGUGAGCCCUGAACGGCUCGAUGUGCUUCCUGAUGUUGCUGCUGCUGCUGUGGAGGCUGGAAAGUGAAUUGAGCUUUCCGGAAUGUGUCAAAAAUAAUUUAUUGAUUUUUCAUUUUUCAUUUUUCUGUAAUUUGAAUUUUUUACGCGAAAUUAUACUGCUGGAAUGAAAAAGUGUGUCCGUGUAUU